AUGGAUCGUAAUAAAAUGAGUGUCUCUAAUAGGGGACAAAAGAAGGUGUUACUAGGUGGAGAACUGUUUGCUCUCGGUACCAAAGGUGGUCGCGAUGACUCCAAGUCAAAGAUAAUACCAAUUAAAGGCAUCGGUGCUGGAUCUUCAGAUAGAAAACGAGAAGCAUCCACGUCCAUUGCGAGUCAUUCGAGCAAAAGAUUUCGAGGCAGCCUUAAAGAUGGAGGUCCUGAUAUGGCCACAUCCACCGGAAUCGCACAAUACGAGAUAUGGGAACAACUGGCCGUCGAGUGUGAUUUAUCAAAUGUUCUGGAGAGCAUAUAUACAGCCAUUGAGCAGAAUGAUAAUGAAGCGGUUGUGCGAUAUAUUUGUGGAAUCAUUCGACAUGCGACGUCGGCAUCUCUUGCAUCCAGACCAAAGUCGGAUAACAUUGCAUAUUUAACAUUGUUGUAUCUGUCUAAGGUGCAUCCGAACUUCUUCAAUAAUGAUGUCGUUGUAUAUGCGCUUUUGUCCUUUUUGCGACGGGAGACAAACGUUAAAAUGCGAUAUAAUACAAAUCUUCAUAUUGUGUUUACAAAUCUUAUCACCCGAGGAUUCUCCGAUGUAUCGCAAUGGCCAGAGAUUCUACUGCGCACAUACAUUGACGAUGCCGUCAAUGAGCGAUUUUGGGCCGACAAUGAUUAUUGCGCUCCAUUUGUUAAAAAUGUUUGCGCUGCCUUUGGGACGCGAACGCCACAUUUGAGUCUUCUCCGUUGGGAUGCAAACACAACAGUUGCUUCUGGCCAAGCCCACAGAGACAAUGUGACGAUCGACGAUGAUUCUGGAGAUAAUUCGACACCAAGUCUGGAUGCCAGUCCAUAUUUGCAUGGGGAAUUGGAUCAGACCACAGAUGCCAUCUGUGCAAUUAAGCGCAGAUUCUCAGAUAGUACGGUUCAAAAGCUCGUCAGCGAUGCCAUACGGGAUCAGCUUAAUAAGCGCCAGCAACAGGAUAAUUACACCAGGAAUUUUCUCAAAUUUCUAUGCAGCACCUCGGGAAUCGGAGAAGUCCGCUGUCUCAGCAUCUCUCGACUGGAGUUGUGGAUUCACAAUGGAAAGCUUGUUAAAUUUGCCCAGCAAUUGUUAUCAUAUAUAUGCUUUAAUAUCAAAGGGAAGAGCACUCAGGAUAAUGAAGUUCUCUUGGUUCUGAUUAAGAUGCGUUUGAAAACCAAACCACUCAUUAAUCAUUAUAUGUCAUGUCUGAAGGAAAUGAUACACUUGCAGCCAGAUAUAUUGAGUACCAUCAUGAAGUUGGUUGUGCAGAACGAACUGUCCAAUACAAGGAAUCCCAAUAAUAUGGGUAUGCUUGCAACGAUGUUUCAAACAUCUCCGGAUCAGUCUGCAGUUAACUUGGCCGAAAUCUACCAGGAGUUUGUACUUCAACGGGAUGAUUGCUUGCGCACAUUACGAGUGUUUUUAAGGGAACUUGUGCGGAUGCUGCGAUUCGAUGUAAACCUAGUGAAGUUUUGCAAAACAUUUCUACGAGAACGCGACGAACUGAAUCAACAAAUUGAGCACUUUGAGUUCAAGGAGCGAAUCUUUCACUCGAUGGUUGAUCUCGUCUGUCUUUGCAUGUUCCUUUCGGCAACGCCGCAGGCACGCGAAGGGAGUUUAUCUCUUAAAACGAAUCGGGAUGUGAAGAACAAUCAGGCGCUUAUUAAACUGUACAAGCAAAUGUCACAAAUCCAGCUGGAUGCAGUUUCGUGGAUGUACGAAACGGUUCCAAACAUAUUCAAAAUUCAAGCUGCUGAAUACCAUCAAGCGCUGCACAAGCUGCUCCUGCUCGAGAAUCCAGAACAAUAUUCACGUUGUGAUCAGUGGCCAUCGGAGCCAGAAAGGGGAGCUAUCUUGAGAAUCAUAUCGGAGACUCCAAUUCACGAGGAGACAUUGUUGCGCAUCAUUUUAAUUGGCAUUACAAAGGAUAUUCCAUUCUCAAUAGCAAAUACAUUCGACAUAUUGCUGCUGGUCAUUAAACGCGUAUCCGGCAUGAAAGCAACCGAUUUUCCAGCCGUACAGGCAAACAAAUUUGACAUUAUUGACUUUUUGUUCAGCAUGUCUGAAUAUCAUCAUCCGGAAAACAUUCUAUUGCCAUCGGACUACGAUCCACCAAAGCUGGCAAUUAUUGCAUUCUACUGGAAAGCUUGGCUAAUUCUUCUUAUGAUAUCUGCCCACAAUCCAUCGACCUUUGGCGCUUUUUGCUGGGAUCAUUAUCCCACAAUGAAGAUGUUAAUGGAAACCUGUAUUACGAGCCAAUUUAACAGUUUCAUCUCUCACAAGGAUGAGUUACAAAUAAUUAGUGUGGAACGAGAUCAUAUUCUGCAAUUUGAAACCUAUUUGGCGGCCCAAACAUCUCCGCAUGCAGUCAUCACAGAGGAAAAUGCCAUUUUGAUAACGCAGCUUAUGCUGAUGGAUCCAAUGGGAACACCCAGAAAAGUUCCCAGCUUAGUUUUGGAGCAGCUCAAGUUUCUCAAUCAAACGUACAAGCUGGGACAUUUGUUUUGCCGUUGCCGAAAGCCAGAUCUGCUUUUGGACAUAAUUCAAAGACAGGGGACAACACAAUCGAUGCCUUGGUUGUCCGACUUGGUGCAAAAUAGCGAAGGUGACUUUAGCCAUCUGCCAGUGCAAUGUUUGUGUGAAUUUUUGCUAUUUAAUGCGCAUAAUAUUAACGAAGAGAAUAGCCGAGAUGCAGAACUCGUUAGUUUCAUCAGAAAUUUAAUCAUGGACUCUACCUAUAAUAAUCAUGUCGUUUGCGAGGUACUUGACUAUAUAUUCCGACGAUUGUCGUCGACGGUGAAACAGUCUCGAGUCGCAGCUUUGGCUGGCCUGAAAAUCAUCUUCAAAAACUCGGGUAAAUAUGAGAAUGAAUGGCUUUUGAAAUCGAUUCAACAGAUUCCACAUUUUAUCGAGGCCAAGGCAUUUAUAAUUCCCCAGCUGCGAGCUGCUUGUCAGGUUGAAAAUUGUCCAGAGCUUAUCAUGGCCUAUAUCCAAUUCAUUACGGCACACACUCUGAACGAUCCAGUUAAUGAAAUGCUGGAUCAUGUCAUCGAUAUGGCGCAGUUAAUUGUUGAGCGCAGCACCAUGUUCCAACAUAUUAUAAUAUCUCAGGAAGAUUACGAUCUGCAUCCAGAUGAGAAUCGCAUUCAAACGCUUAAAUGUUUAUUCGUCAUGUUUAACAAUUACAUCAUCAAAUUGCGGGAAUUUCACGAACCCUAUGAAUGGACAGAGUAUCCAGAUUUGUUAAUGGUACAAUUCGACGAUGGAGUCCAGCUGCCAUUGCAUAUAAAUAUAAUUCACGCUUUCAUUAUACUACUCACGUAUUCGAACAGCAACAUGUCCGAGUCCAUACCGAUCCUGGACUAUUGGUUCCCUGCUGGCAGACCUGCUCCCGUCGCAUUUCUACCAAAUAUGCCCCAAGAACAGAUUCAGCUCUUACCCGAUUGGCUAAAACUCAAGAUGAUUCGUUCAUCAGUGGAUCGUCUUAUAGAAGCGGCUCUAAAUGAUCUUACCCCGGAUCAGAUUGUGCUAUUUGUGCAGAAUUUUGGAACACCGGUCAACUCAAUGUCCAAGCUAUUGGCAAUGCUCGAUACGGCGGUGUUGGAGCAAUUUGACCUGGUCAAAAAUGCGAUACUUAACAAGGCCUAUUUGGCACAAUUAAUUGAGAUACAACAAGCUCGAGGAGCUAAGAAUGGUCAUUACACAGUCCAAGCACUUGACCUGCAUUCACAUUCCCAAACAGUUCCCGAUCUCCCAAAACUCAAUUCGCAAAUUCUCGAGAAUCUGCAAAUAAGUAAUUAUGUGCCAAAUACUGUGAAAAUCACAAAUAAUGCCUCUACAACCAGCGAGGUUGUCUCCAUUCUUCUCGAGAAACCAGAUCAGCGUUCGAUUGCCAACAAAGAUUCCCGGAAAUUAGUUCACAAUCUAUUGGAUCUUUCGAUCAGUCCGGCAAAUAAGAAAACUGAUGUCCUCAACACAAUAGGCGAUGUUUUAGAUCAGUCCACAUGGGAUCAUGGAAAGAAUGAGAAGCGCAAAUAUUCGAUAAAUGCUACACGGGAUGCUUGCACUUUGCUUCGAACAUAUUUUAGCUGUAAACUCCCUCCAGAUUCCUAUCAUAGCAUCAAAGGAACUUUAAAUACAAAUGUUCGUUGCUCGAAUCAAUUCGGUUCGGAUUUAAAGAAACUUUUUAAGACCGAACUAUUCCUUGAAAGUUUAUCCUUCAUGCUGAAAAGCUCUUAUCAGUUCUACUUCAUAAAGCUUAAACCUCAAAAUGCACAAAUGCUUGAAACAAAGAAGAUAGUCCGAGAAAUGAUUCGAGGAUUCGAGUAUCAGAGUGAGGAGAAACCCAAUAUGGAGAAUAGCAAAUAUUAUAAAAUAUUCCAAAAUGGUCUGUUUAUAGACUGGUUAGCCGAAGCAGAUCCUGAGAUUGUAUCUACAAAACUUCUAAAGGAAAAAUUCUUGUUUUCAAAGUCGUGUAGCGAAUUUAGAUUUUAUCUCCUGUCACUUAUUAAUCAUCAAACAAAUUGGGACACUAUCGAGGGAAUAGCAGAAUGUUUAUUCAGAGAAUACAAACUUGAUAACGAUUUCAGCACAGUCCUCAACUAUUUUGAAGCUUUGACCACAAAUCCCAAGCUCUGGAAAGGUAGAGACAAAUACAUGUCUAAGAAUAUACAACCAAAUUCCUUUUUCAAGUUGGAUUCGUGGGAACUCGAGCCGUUUGUGCAUUUCAUACUGUACGAGGGAAUUGCCGAGUUAUCCGCGGAUAAUAAUAGCAACUAUGAUUUCAAAUUGUGCUCCCGCAUGAAUCUGCUAUUUAAACUCACCGAAAAACGCAAAGGCUCAAUGGUGAAAGUUGUAGAGUAUGUUGAAAAGAGUUCAGUUUCCGAGGCAUUGAAGAAUCAAAUCCUGCAACAACUUUACAUUAUGUAUCCGCGUAUAAAGUUUUUGAAAACUUGCAAUGCAGCCGGACAAACGCACAAAUUGCAGAGUCUAAAGGGAUGCCAGUUUGAUAAGAUAUCGAAUAAUUUAAUCACCUGUUUGGGAAGUCUUGUGGCUAAGAAAGAUUUUGAAACGUUGUCAACCGAUACAGAACUUUUAUUGCGAAAGCUGGCUGCAUCGCAUCCUUUACUUUUCCUUCGACAUUUGGGCGUAUUAUCAUCAAUAAUGCAGGGGCGGGCACAGAAUAGCAUGAAAGCCUUGCGGGAAGAGCAUCAUUUCCAUCGAUUUGUACAGAUUCUGAGAGCCUUGGAACUAUUACAGCCAACUAUUUUCGAAGAUACAUAUAAAAAUGAAAUUCAGACCACACUCACCUGUUACUUCACCUUCUUCAAGCACCACAGUUCGGUAAAGGAAGCCUGCCAGAUGUUAGUCAAGUUUGUGCAGGUCUUGCAGGCAUAUAUCAAUUGUAAUCCCUCAAGUGCUCUGUUGUUCAUCGAACAAUAUGUCGGCAUUCUGACGGAACUCUCGGUCAAGUAUACCUCAAUGGUAAAGCUUCAAACUCUUGUGCAGGCUGUGGCUUUGCUUCAGCAUAAGUCGAACACAUCUUCAGAACUCGAUGACGAGGAUGUCAAAUUCGAAUAUGAACUGGAUGGACAUUCCGAUGUAAAGCCCGCCAACAAAAUUGUUGUAAGCGAUAUUGACUCCAUGGAGGGAAAUGUAAAUGUCCAGGAUGUCGUAGGCAGGGGAUCCUUUUCAGUUCUCACUUUGGGUUCAUAUAACAAAGCCAAUUUCACCGAUGUAUCUCCCCACUUUCUCGAUUUAAUUAAAGUCAUUAAGCAGUCGCAUAUUGAGGAUGUGAUCUUGGGACCAUUGCAGGAAAUGGAAUGCCUGACAUCGAAGCGAUUUGUUUUCAUAAAUGAGCUAUUUGAGCGUCUAUUGGAUUUAAUAUUCUCACCAAGUGCACAAAUACGAUCCAUUGCUUUCAUUAUCUUAAUUAGACACUUGAAACACAAUCCGGGAAAUUCAGAUAUCAAUCAAUGCACUUUGAAUGCGUACAUUCAAUGUCUGCGAGACGAGAAUUCUUCUGUGGCAGCGACUGCCAUUGAUAACUUGCUGGAGAUUUGUAUUCUGUUGCAGGAACACGCAAUUGAGAUUCUAUCCAUUGCCUUUUCACUCGGCAUCAAAUCUUGCCUUAAUACAAGCAAUCAAAUUCGAAAAGUCAUGCAAACAUUGGUAGUACAGCAUGGAUACUAAGCUGUUUAUUAUUAUUAUUACUAUAUGUAAAACAAAUGAAUAUAAAGAUAUAUAUAAAUAUGUAUUUUGCUUUUGUGUAUUAUUAAAUAUUUUAUUGUUAGCAUAAAUAUAAAUAUUAACUAGAGAUCCUAGUUAUCGUU